GGUCGGUUGUUGCCUACGCCAGAGGUGGUUCCUUUCCGAUUAACCCGUGAUUUAGUACAUGGACUCGGCCCUCUAGGCCUUCAAGCACGGUUCAUCCCUGCCGCCCAGGCCGCACUGGAAGAAUUUCGCCAGGGUGCGGAUAUCAUUCUAACGCUUAUUCAGAUUUAUAUGGGCAUUGCAAAAAUUUUUCAAAAUGUUUUCAAUCUUUCUCAAUGUUCCUGCAAUAUUUCUAUAGUUAGGUAG